CCCGGCAGUGAUCCGCACCGUCAGUCUGACUCAGGAACCGACCGAGCUGCUGAGCCUCACACGACCGAGUUUUUGACUUUGAAUCAUGUCUAUGAAUGGGGGACACCAUGGGUCUGAGGGGCCCGGGGGGGCGUCCAUCAUCCGCAUCCCGCCCCAUCACUACAUCCACGUCCUGGACCAGAACACCAACAUCGCCCGGGUGGAGAUCGGGCCGCUCACGUACAUCCGCCAGGACAACGAGAGGGUGCUGUUCAUGCCGGUCCGGAUGAUCAUGGUGCCGCCGCGUCACUACUGCGUGGUCAUCAACCCGGUGGCCCGCGAUGACGAGAAGGAGGUCCUCUUCGACCAAUCGGGGCAGGCCAAGCUCCGCCACGCCGACCUGGAGAUCCGGCUGACCCAGGACCCGUUCCCCCUGUACCCCGGGGAGGAGGUCCAGCAGGACGUGACCCCGCUGCAGAUCGUGUACCCCGACACGGCGCUGCGUCUCCAGGCCCUGCUGGACUUCCAGGCGGAGGGGGGGGUGAAGAGAGUGGCCGGAGACGAGUGGCUGUUCGAGGGACCAGGGACCUACAUCCCCAGGAAGGAGGUGGCCGUGCUGGAGACCAUCAAGGCCACGGUGAUCCGAGAGAACCAGGCCAUCAGACUGAGAGCUCGCAAGGAGGGGACGGACAGGGGGGGGGUCCGCAGGGUCACAGGCGAGGAGUGGCUGGUCAGUAAGGUGGGGGCGUACCUUCCAGGUGCUCAUGAGGAAGUCAUCGACAUCGUCAACGCCUUCAUCCUGACAGACAAGAAAGCGCUCCACGUCCGAGCCCUGCGGCCCUUCAAGGACGCCGGCGGGCGGGACCGGCGCACGGGCGAGGAGUGGCUGGUCACCAUGGAGGACCGGGAGGCCCACAUCCCGUCUGUGUCCGAGGAGGUGGUGGGCGUGGUGGAGGUCACCACUCUGAGCAGCCGGCAGUACUGCGUGAUCCUGGACCCGGUCGGGUCCGACGGGAAACCCCAGCUGGGCCAGAAGAGAGUGGUGAAGGGCGAGCGCUCCUUUUUCCUGCAGCCCGGCGAGCGCCUUGAACGCGGCAUCCAGGACGUGUACGUGCUGUCGGAGGAGGAGGGCCUGGUGCUGCGAGCCGUGGAGGCGUUCAAUGACACCCAGGAGCGCGGCGACGAGGACGAGGAGGAAGAGGAGGACGAGGACGGCGAGAGGGCCAAGCGUUCGCGGAGGAGCGCCGCCGGCGUCCCCCGUCGCCCCGGCGACCGCUGGAUGCUGCGGGGGCCCAUCGAGUACGUCCCCCCCACCGCCGUGGAGGUGGUCCUGAGACGCCAGGCCAUCCCAUUGGACGAGAACGAGGGCAUCUACGUCCGGGACAUCAAAACUGGAAAGGUGCGUGCCGUGAUAGAAACCUACAUGCUGACUCAGGACGAGGAGUUGUGGCAGAAGGAGCUUCCUGCCAACGUGGAGGCGCUGCUGGCGUCCCCUCUGGACCCGCUGGCCGACCGCUCGCACCGGACCAGAACCGGAGACGAUGUCUGUGGUCCCAGGGACAAGACCAAGGUGGUCUCCUUCAGGGUCCCCCACAACGCCGCUGUCCAGGUCUACGACUACAGGGAGAAGGCAGCCAGGGUGGUGUUCGGACCGGAGAUGGUGAUGCUGGGACCUGACGAGCAGUUCACCGUGCUGUCUCUGUCCGGAGACAAACCCAAGAGGGCCAACGUGAUCAAGGCCAUCUGCCUGCUGCUGGGCCCCGACUUCUUCACCGACAUCAUCACCAUCGAGACGGCGGACCACGCCCGGCUGCAGCUGCAGCUCUCCUACAACUGGCACUUCGACGUGAAGUCCCCGGUGGACCCUGCCGACGCCACGGCGCUCUUCUCCGUUCCAGACUUUGUUGGAGACUCCUGCAAAGCCAUCGCCUCCCGAGUCCGAGGAGCCGUCGCCUCCGUGCAGUUUGACGAUUUCCACAAGAACUCGAACCGGAUCAUCUGCUCGGCGGUGUUCGGCUUCGAUGAGAAGAUGAGCGUCCGCUCCCGACUCCACUUCAGCCAGAACCGGCUGACCAUCAGCAGCGUGGACAUCCAGUCGGUGGAGCCGGUGGACCAGAGGACCCGGGACGCCCUGCAGAAGAGUGUCCAGCUCGCCAUCGAGAUCACCACCAACUCCCAGGAGGCCACCGCACGGCACGAGGCGGAGCGUCUGGAGCAGGAGGCCCGGGGCAAGCUGGAGAGGCAGAGGAUCACCGACCAGGCCGAGGCCGAGAAGGCCAGGAGGGAGCUGCUGGAGCUGGAGGCUCUCAGCGCGGCGGUGGAGAGCACCGGGGCGGCGAAGGCCGAGGCCCAGUCCCGGGCCGAGGCGGCUCGGAUCCAGGGCGAGGCGGCGGUCAACGAGGCCAAGCUGAAGGCCGAGGCCCAGAGGAUCGAGGCGGAGGCGGAGCUCCAGCGCCUGGCCCAGGCCCGGGAGCAGGAGCUGAGCUAUAGGAAGCAGAUGGACGGUCUGGAGGUGGAGAAGCAGAAGAGUCUGGCUCAGAUCGAGAGCCAGCGCUUCAGCCAGCUGGUGGAGAGUCUGGGCUGCGACACGCUGCAGGAGAUGGCCCGGGCGGGGCCCGAGCUGCAGGUGAAGCUGCUGCAGGCUCUGGGUCUGAAGUCCACGCUCAUCACAGACGGCUCCUCGCCCAUCAACCUGUUCACCACCGCCAACGGCCUGCUGGGGGCGCUGCAGGGCCCGGGACAGGGACAGGGACAGUGAGGAGGAGGAGGAGCAGGAGCAGGUCCAACAGUAAACCCCAUCAGACUCACCCUUCUGUCCAAGAUCACACUCUGCGUCUUUCUUUAAUAAAGACAAAGACGACUAGUCCAAGAUGUCCUUAUGUUGAGGACCAAGCGAUGCCUCAUGGACCAGUGUCUUUAUCCUCUGAGCCACUAGGGGGCGCUCUCUGUUCAACGGGGUUGAGAACCCACUGAAUUAAAACCAAGAGCGCCAUCUAGUGGCUCAGAACACACAGACCCUGGGUCAGGGUCCACCUCUGUCAGUAGCUCGUCUCCACCCUCGGGUUGUCUCCCGUCAAAAUGGAAAAUCAAGACUUUUUAAGUCUUUGUCCCUUUUUUCAUCACUUUUGACGCUUUUUUUUAAUGUUUGUCCCUUUUUUUUUGGACGUUCAACAGUAAUAAACACUACGUAACACUAACUUAUUAACUUUAGUUUUACAGUUAUUUGGGGAAUUUAUGGUCAAUAAAGCUCAUUUAUAGGAAAUUAUACCUAAUGUUUGAGUUAGAAAAGCAGAAAUUAGGAAUUAUUGAGACUAAAAAUAAAAAGAACAAUGAUAGAGGACAACAUGAGGACAACAUGAGGACAACAUGAGGACAACAUGAGGGUGUAUAUCGAGCAAGUCCCUUUUUUUUUUUGAUGUUCUUGUCGCCUUUUCAAAUGUUUUGGAUGUUUUGUUUCUUCUACGCUUAUAAGCUGUCGACGGAGUUAAAGAACGACCGAGUCACUGUGUUUUUGUCUUUUUUCGCGAUGUUUUCUGAAGAGAGAACCGUUCCCUGAACAGGAACCCCCCCCCCACCCCGUAAUAUAACUCGCUCCGCUCCGACUCCCUUUUUUAUUGUUUUUAUGGAAACGACCAUAACAACAACAACAACAAUAGAAAUAAUAACACAGAGACAGAAGAUAAGGCAACAAGGCAAUAGAACAUAUUCAAAAAAAUGAAUAUUGCUUUUUAAAGACGCUCUGAGCUCCAGGAGAGUGGAGGAGGCGUUUUAGAAAAGCCCCCCCACUGUUUUGAAAAGAGUUUACUUUGUAUAAUGUUAUAAUAUAUUAUAACAUUAUAUUAUAAUAUAACAUGUUAUAAUAUAACAUUAUUUUAUAAUAUAACAGCCGCUGGCAGCUAAAAACCAAAGAAAGACGCCCAGUCUGAUCCUGGACUUUAAAUGUGCCUUUGGAUUUUAAGAUACACUCCACGGGUUUGUUAAAGAUUCAUUCAUUCAUUCAUUCAUUCAUCCCUCCAUCCCUCCAUCCCUUCAUUCAUCCAUCCCUCCAUUCAUUCAUUCAUCCAUCCAUCCAUUCAUUCAUCCAUCCCUCCAUCCAUCCAUCCCUCCAUUCAUUCAUCCAUCCAGUCAUACUUCAGGGAUCAAUGAGGCCGACCCUCAUUCACUCAUCAAAAACAACCCAGAGAAGAAGAAACACUCCAGCCUUCUGUAGAGGAAGCUCCCUGUAGAUGAAAUAGAAAAUGUCUCUGGGACAAAAACUCAACCGGGGGUGUAGUCUAGUUUCUUCUAGUGAGUAUUUGGUCAUUUACCCCCCCCCCCGCGUUACACUCGAGCCACAACCCCGUAGGUUUUUUAGUAACGUUGCUGCGUAAAUCAUCAGCCUCAUCGACUCAUUUCCUGUCCUGUGCCUUCCUGUCUGCUGCUGUGUCCUCUGACGCGGGGGGGACAGCUCCAGGGACAGCUCCAGCUCCAGGGACAGCUCCAGCUCCAGGGACAGCUCCAGCUCCAGGGACAGCUCCAGCUCCAGGGACAGCUCCAGGGACGUGCUUACCCCCAAAAACCUCAUUGAUUCCCAUUGGUUAAUUUCAAAUCUGUACAGUAGUUGUUCCUAGUGGGACUACUCCUGCGUCUCACGUAGACUACACCGCUGCUUUUAAGACGUAGAAGUCCUAAACAAACCGACCCGACGAGGACUAGAACCCAAACCGUCUCUUUCAGGACCACUUUUUGCACUUUGAGCUCUCGAGAUGAGACUCUGGGGUUUACUGUUGGACAGA